AUGCCGAUCCCGGACUUUGCCAACGAGGCAAUCUUCCCAAUCUUCGAGGGCCUCCCCAUCGAGGAAGCCGGCGCCGCCGAUCCACCCUCCUACGCCGCAUCGUCGGAGCCGCCCUCCUACGCGCCGCCGGCGCUCGCGCCCUCCGACCCGCCUUCCUACACGGAUUCCCAAUCCGGCUCCGGCUCCGCCAAAACCUCCGCCUCUUCCUCCACGACGACGGCCGUCACGCGACCAAUGCCCUCCUCCCACGACGCGCGGGAAGAAUGGUUCCUCAUCGCGCAGGUGAAGCAAAACAUGACAAUCACCAAACCGACCCUCGUCGUCGUCGACCGUCAGGGCACAGAGUUCGCCGUGACGUUUGAGGACCGCGGGAUCGAUUUGCGGCCCGUUCGGUCGGGCUGGACGAUUGUUGUGCCGCGCGGGGUGAGGACGGCGCCCAAGGGCGGGAAGAGGGGGUUCGUGAGGGUUCCGGAGGGCAGGGGCACGGGGGUCAAGUAUAUACCCGGCGGGCUGGAGCAGAUUGGGGAGGUGGGGGCGAGGGAAUGCCAAAAGGAGGAUUGGAAGACGCACAAGGGGGAUUGCAAGGUUCUGAAGGGCAUGGCGAACGCGUGGGGGAUAUGA